AUGGGAGACAACAGAAUACAAGACUCUACGAGCUCGGCAGCCACGCACCGGCGGGCAGUCAGCAGCACAGAUGGCAGCGGAUCGCUGCGGGCCACGCGCGCGCGGCCACGCACGCACAGCCAAUCGGGCACAAACAAGGGCACAAGCGACGCCUUCGCCAAGGCAGCGCGGCGGCUCAGCAUCCCUGAGGCAGCACCGCUGGGCGGCGAGCUCAAGCUGGGGCGGCGGCAAUCGCGCACGUACGCGGAGCUCGGGGUGCCCGCGCGGCGCCGCAGCCUGGCGUAUGCAGACCUGAUGGCGGUGUUUUACCCGCCAAACAUCAUGAGCCAGCCGACAGUAACCGACACGCCAUUCGAGUGCCCCGAGUGGGAGGGGGCCAGCUGGGAGCCGACGCUGGAGAGGGCGAUCAAGUCGAUUGUGUCGAUCAAGGCGCAGUGCGUGCGGUCCUUCGACACCGAGACCAGCGGCACGUACACGGCCACCGGGUUUGUGGUGGAUGCCGAGCAUGGGCUGAUUCUGUCGAACCGCCACGUAGUCAACCCAGCGCCGAUUGUGGCCCAGGCGGUGUUUGUCAACUACGAGGAGGUGGAGCUGGAGCCGGUGUACCGCGACCCGGUGCACGAUUUCGGGUUCUUCAGAUUCGACCCAAAGAAGCUAAAGUUCAUGGCGCUCGAGUCGAUCAAGCUGGCCCCGCACAAGGCCAAGAUCGGCAUGGAGAUCCGGGUGGUCGGCAACGAUGCCGGGGAAAAGCUGUCGAUUUUGGCCGGCACCCUGGCCAGGCUCGACCGCACGGCGCCCGAGUACGGCGUCGGCGAGUACAACGACUUCAACACCUUCUAUCUGCAGGCAGCGUCCGGCACCAGCGGCGGGUCGUCGGGGUCGCCGGUGCUCGACAUCUACGGCGACGGCGGUGGCUCUGAAUGCUGGCGGAUCAAGCAAGGCUGCCUCAUCCUUCUACUUGCCGCUGGACCGCAUCGUCCGGGCUCUGAAUCUGGUGCGAGCGAGCUCGAGUAUCUGCCGUACGACGAGCUGCGGCGGCUGGGGCUGGACAUGGCCAUCGAGGCCAAGAUGCGCGAGACGUACCCGAUGUCGCAGGGCAUGCUGGCGGUCAAGACCGUCCUCCCCAAGGGCCCAGCCGACGGCAGUCUGCAUGCAGGCGACAUUGUGGUGGCAAUAAACGGCGUGCCUACCAUAGACUUUGUUGGGCUAGAGGAGGCCACCGACAGCAGCGUCGGCAAGGACAUCACUGUGUCGGUAUGGCGUGGCACCAAGGCAUACGAUGCCAAGCUGCGGCGUGGCAGACAUGCACGGGAUCUCGCCCAGCAGCCUGGUGGAGGUGGGCGGCGGGGUGGUCAACGACGUGUCGUACCAGAUAGCCCGCAGCUACGGGCAUUCCGGCCAAGGGCGUGGCGUUCGCCGCAGCCGUUUGCAAGGCUCAGGCAGGGGACGCGCGUGGCGGUGCGGUUCUUUGCGCUGGACCAGCCGUACAAGCAAAAGGUCAUGAUCAUGAAUGUGUCGACGCACUGGCACGCGAUGCGCCUGGCCCGGCGCGACAUGGCCGGCCACUGGCAGUACACGGAGCUGCCGUCGCCGCUGCAGCCGUCGGACGUGGAGCCGCAGACCGCGUCGCUGGCGACCUUGCCCGGGACCCUGGCGCCAGCCGACUCGGUAUGGCCCAGCAUUGUGCAUCUGGACUUCCACAUUCCGUAUCUGGUCGAUGGCAUGAAGAGCACGCAUUACGUGGGCCCCGGCUUCAUAGUUGACAAGACGCUGGGUCUGAUCGUGUGCGACCGCGACACAGUGCCCAUAGGUGUGGGCGACGUGCACAUCACCAUUGCCAACUCCAUUGUGCUCACCGGCAAGUACGAUCCGACGCAGAUUGGCGACACGCCCGUGCGGGACCUGGAGUUCCACCCCGAGUACUACUCGGGGCAGCGCCAUCUGGUGCAGGGCGACUCGGUAUUCCUGGUGGGCAUCAGCAGCGAGCACACGCCGGUGGUGCGCAGGACGGAGAUUUCCGCCCGGUCCAUGGUCAGCACGCGCGAAUGCCUGCCGCCCAGGUUCCGCUGCAUGAACGUCGAGGGCGUCAAGCUCAACGACCAGCCGUCAUCGCAGGGCGGCGUUCUCUGCGAUGGCAGCGGCCGGGCAUUGGGGCUGUGGACCAAUGUGUCGUCGCAGGACACCAGCCACAAGGACACCAGCUCCAUGACCGGCCUGGACGUGUCGCUGCUCAAGCCCACGCUCGACGCCAUGCGCAAUGGCCAGCUGCCGGAUAUCCGCUCGCUGGACGUUGAGCUGUGGACUGUUCGCCUGGCCGCCGCACGCACCCUGGGCCUGAGCGCCGAGCGCAUCCGCAGCGUCGAGCAGACGCAGAGCGAUUCGCCCCGCCUGCUGUAUGUGCUUGGCCUGCUGGCCAGCGAAUCGCCGGCCGCCCGGCUUCUGAGAACCGGCGAUGUUCUGCUGGAGAUGAACGGCAAGCCGUCAUCCAUGAUGCCGAGAGCGUCGACCUGGUGGUGCUCCGCGAUGGCAAGGAGGUCCGAGCUGCACGUGCCCACCACCAGACUGGACGGCAUGGAGACGCAGAGGGUCGUGCAUUGGGCGGGCGCCCUCGUGCAGACCCCGUACAGGGCGGUGCAGGAGCAGAUCAGGCGCCUGCCAUCCAACGUCUAUGUGUCGUGCACCCUGUAUGGGUCGCCGGCCAACUGCUACGGGCUCAAGCCAGGCAUGUGGAUCACCGAGAUUGAAAACACGCCCGUCAACGACAUUCGACACGUUCAUCCGCAUCAUCAAGGAUCUGAGCCUGGACUGUGCCGCUGCCAAUGGCCGCUGCUGCGCGACCCCACUGCCGCCAGCAACUGGAGGGCCGAGUUUGCGAUUUAG